AUGGCCGAGGCCGUGGAGCUGGAGGGGGGCCCCCCGGGUCCCCAGGGGCCGCCUGAGGCCCCAGCGCCUGUGGCGGAGGAACCUGGCGAGUCGGGGGCCGCGGGCCGGGAGGAGGCCGGCGAGGGCGCCGCGGAGGCGCCGAGGGGCGAGGGGGCGGGCGCGGCCGCGGUGAACCCGGCGGAAAGCGCCGACCCGGGCGGAGGAAAGCGCGAGCCGGAGCCCGGCGCCGACGGUGGCCCGGCGGCCGAGACGCGGGGCGCGAGGGCGGCGCAGGGCGACGCGGAGGCCGAGGAGGGCGCCCCGGGGGGCGCAGACGCCCCCCAGGGAGAGGAGGGGGAGAUUGGCGCGGAGCAGGUGGAGGAGGCGAGCCCGGGGCGCGGCGCGCAGGGCGAGGCCGCGAGCGAGGUUCAGGGGGGCCCCUGGGAGCCUGAGGCCCCCGGGGCGAAAGAGAAAGCGGAGCAAGGGCCGGAGGAACAGGGAGGCAGCGCGCCGGGGGCGCCGGGGCCCAGCAUGGACGCAGCGGGGCCGGCGGGAGGGACGCGCGGGACCGAGAGUGAAGCCCAGGACGGAGGGGACCGCGGCCCGCAGCCCCAGGCCGAGGCCACUGAGGCCGCAGCGGCGGAGACUGGCGGGGGCGGCCCCGGGGAGCUUGCAGGGGAGCCUCGGGGUGCAGCCGACGAGGCGGGGGUCCCGGGGACAGAGCAAUCGGAGGAAGUGGCCCCCGGGGACGCGAGGGCGGACGCUGUCGAGGGAGGGGACCCGGGUGAACCCCAGGAGGAGGUGGGGGAGGCGGAGGAGGAGAGGCGAGAGCGCAGCCCGGAGGGGCCAGGCGAGAAGGUCGCAGCGCGGGCCGACGAGGGGCCCCCCGACAGCAGCGCGCAUCCGGGGGCGGCCGCGCCACCUGGGGCCGCGGAGCCGGAGGCCGAGCUCAGCAACCACCUGGCGGAGGAGCGCAGCGUGGAGGGCGGGGAGGAGACCGCGCGCGUGAACGGCCGCGGGGAGGACGGCGAGGCGUCCGAGGAAGGGGCCUCGGGCCGGGAACACGACAUCACGCUCUUCGUGAAGGCUGGUUAUGAUGGUGAGAGCAUUGGGAAUUGCCCGUUUUCCCAGCGCCUCUUUAUGAUUCUCUGGCUAAAGGGCGUUAUAUUUAACGUGACCACAGUGGACCUGAAGAGGAAACCCGCCGACCUGCAGAACCUGGCUCCCGGGACCAACCCUCCCUUUAUGACUUUUGAUGGUGAAGUCAAGACGGACGUGAAUAAGAUCGAGGAGUUCUUAGAGGAGAAGUUAGCUCCCCCGAGGUACCCUAAGCUGGGGCCCCAACACCCUGAAUCUAACUCUGCAGGAAAUGAUGUGUUUGCCAAAUUCUCGGCAUUUAUCAAAAACACCAAGAAGGAUGCAAAUGAGAUUUAUGAAAAGAACCUGUUAAAGGCUCUGAAGAAGCUGGAUGAUUACUUAAAUAGCCCUCUGCCUGAUGAAAUAGAUGCCUACAGCACCGAAGACGUCGUUGUUUCUGGAAGGAAGUUCUUGGAUGGGGAUGAGCUCACAUUAGCUGACUGUAACCUCUUGCCCAAGCUCCACAUUAUAAAGAUCGUGGCCAAGAGAUACAGAGAUUUUGAAUUUCCUUCUGAAAUGACUGGCAUCUGGAGAUACUUGAACAAUGCUUAUGCUAGGGACGAGUUCACGAAUACGUGUCCAGCCGACCAGGAGAUUGAACACGCAUAUUCAGAUGUUGCAAAAAGAAUGAAGUGAAGCCAGAGUGCUUUCUGUCUUAUUUCUCAGUGGUAUGAGCUAGGCUGUGACGGGAAGGUGUUCUUUGUGAGUGGUCCUUUGUUUUCCUCUCAAGGGCCAUUAUGCCCAUAUCUUAAUAACACCGUGUCAUAGUGAGACCCACUCAACCCAAAGGGUACAUGGCCUUGUGACUUGUCAACUCAUUUGUGUAUCUGAAUAAUACCAGUAUCUAU